AUGACCUAUGACUUCCAUGGAUCCUGGGAGACCUUCACAGGACACAACAGCCCUCUAUACCAGGGAUCCCAUGACACAGGAGACCAUAUCUACUUCAACACAGUGAGAAAGGGGCUAAAUCACGCUUCUUGUCUACAUGUUAAAUAAAGCCUAUCAAAUGUGAGUGUAAAGAAAGUACUGUAUAUACAUUCAUGCAAAAUUAGUUUCAAAGUCUCUCUUUUCUGUCUCUCUCUCUCUCUGGCAGGAUUUUGCCAUGAAAUACUGGCGAGAUCAGGGAGCCCCUGUUGAGAAGCUGAUGAUGGGCUUUGCUACAUAUGGACGUUCAUUCCGGCUCGCCUCUGGAGAUAGUGGUGUCGGAGCGUCAGCCAAUGGUGCUGCUUCACCCGGACCUUUCACCAGGGAGGCUGGUUUCUGGUCUUAUUAUGAGGUAAUAAGGCUUAAUUACGUAUUUUUUGUGAACUUUGAAAGGUAUCAAAUUGAUAGUUCACUUUUCAAUUGAGGUAACCUGUUGCCCCUCCUGUUUCCAGAUCUGUACUUUCCUCCAAGGAGCCAGUGUACAGUGGAUUGACGAUCAAAAGGUUCCCUAUGCCUCUAAAGGAAAUGAGUGGGUGGGAUUUGACAAUAGGGAGAGCUAUGACACAAAGGUAUGCUGCAGUGUUUCUGGGUUUUAAUCCAAAAUGGUGAACCAAACAUCAAACUAAGCUAAGAAAUUGCAAAAGAAUCAAAGACAUCAGUAGAAACUCCAUACUCCUGUUAUUUUCUUAUGCUCUCACUCUCCCUUCCUAAGGUCCGCUACCUAAAGGAAAAUGGCUUUGGAGGGGCCAUGGUUUGGAAUCUGGACCUGGAUGACUUUGCUGGACAGUCAUGUGGACAGGGCAACUAUUCCCUGAUCAGCCAUCUUCACAAACUCCUCAACAUUGGUAAAUCACGUUUAAACGAUUUCUUACUUGUCCAAAUACACUGCUCAAAAAAAUUAAGGGAACACUAAAAUAACACAUCCUAGAUCUGAAUGAAUGAAAUAAUCUUAUUAAAUACUUUUUUCUUUACAUAGUUGAAUGUGCUGACAACAAAAUCACACAAAAAUUAUCAAUGGAAAUCAAAUUUAUCAACCCAUGGAGGUCUGGAUUUGGAGUCACCCUCAAAAUUAAAGUGGAAAACCACACUACAGGCUGAUCCAACUUUGAUGUAAUGUCCUUAAAACAAGUCAAAAUGAGGCUCAGUAGUGUGUGUGGCCUCCACGUGCCUGUAUGACCUCCCUACAACGCCUGGGCAUGCUCCUGAUGAGGUGGCGGAUGGUCUCCUGAGGGAUCUCCUCCCAGACCUGGACUAAAGCAUCCGCCAACUCCUGGACAGUCUGUGGUGCAAGGUGGUGUUGGUGGAUGGAGCGAGACAUGAUGUCCCAGAUGUGCUCAAUUGGAUUCAGGUCUGGGGAACGGGCGGGCCAGUCCAUAGCAUCAAUGCCUUCCUCUUGCAGGAACUGCUGACACACUCCAGCCACAUGAGGUCUAGCAUUGUCUUGCAUUAGGAGGAACCCAGGGCCAACCGCACCAGCAAAUGGUCUCACAAGGGGUCUGAGGAUCUCAUCUCGGUACCUAAUGGCAGUCAGGCUACCUCUGGCGAGCACAUGGAGGGCUGUGCGGCCCCCCAAAGAAAUGCCACCCCACACCAUGACUGACCCACCGCCAAACCGGUCAUGCUGGAGGAUGUUGCAGGCAGCAGAACGUUCUCCACGGCGUCUCCAGACUCUGUCACGUCUGUCACAUGUGCUCAGUGUGAACCUGCUUUCAUCUGUGAAGAGCACAGGGCGCCAGUGGCGAAUUUGCCAAUCUUGGUGUUCUCUGGCAAAUGCCAAACGUCCUGCACGGUGUUGGGCUGUAAGCACAACCCCCACCUGUGGACGUCAGGCCCUCAUACCACCCUCAUGGAGUCUGUUUCUGACCGUUUGAGCAGACACGUGCACAUUUGUGGCCUGCUGGAGGUCAUUUUGCAGGGCUCUGGCAGUGCUCCUCCUGCUCCUCCUUGCACAAAGGCAGAGGUAGCAGUCCUGCUGCUGGGUUGUUGCCCUCCUAUGGCCUCCUCCACGUCUCCUGAUGUACUGGCCUGUCUCCUGGUAGCGCCUCCAUGCUCUGGACACUACGCUGACAGACACAGCAAACCUUCUUGCCACAGCUCGCAUUGAUGUGCCAUCCUGGAUGAGCUGCACUGCCUGAGCCACUUGUGUGGGUUGUAGACUCCGUCUCAUGCUACCACUAGAGUGAAAGCACCGCCAGCAUUCAAAAGUGACCAAAACAUCAGCCAGGAAGCAUAGGAACUGAGAAGUGGUCAGUGGUCACCACCUGCAAAACCAGUCCUUUAUUGGGGGUGUCUUGCUAAUUGCCUAUAAUUUCCACCUGUUGUCUAUUCCAUUUGCACAACAGCAUGUGAAAUGUAUUGUCAAUCGGUGUUGCUUCCUAAGUGGACAGUUUGAUUUCACAGAAGUGUGAUUGACUUGGAGUUACAUUGUGUUGUUUAAGUGUUCCCUUUAUUUUUUUGAGCAGUGUAUAUACAAACAUAUCAAUGUUUUUUUUGCAGUCAAGUGCUAUUCUGAAUAGACAUAUUACAUUUUAUUUUCACCCAGAACUACCUCCCCUGCCACCUACACACACCCCAUGGUCAGGGGCACCACCCACAGUCAAGGCCACCACCAAGGCCACCACCACUACUACCCUUGUACCCGGUGGUGGUUUCUGUGCAGGCAGGGCUGGCGGGCUGUAUGUCAAAGCAGAUUCCCCGAGCUCUUUCUAUAACUGUGCCAACGGCAUCACCUAUAUCCAGAGCUGCCUCGCUGACCUAGUCUUCAGGGACAGCUGCAAAUGCUGCGACUGGCCCUAGGACUGUCAUGUCUGUUAUUUGACCUAUGGGAGAGUUGGGUAUGUUGAGCCAUUUUUUACAUUCAGCAUCACUACAUCAAGGGAAAUAUAACUCUCUUCCUAACAAAGAUAUCGACAUAUAUUUCAGGAUCAUGUGUAUCGCUGGAAAUAAUCAGAAUGUAUGUAAACAUAACAGUUUUGAAAACAUAGGUUGUCCAAAAAAAGUGUUCUCAGAAUCUUGGCACAAGUUGAGCAUAGAGACAGGGUAAGUUGAGCCGCCUUGGGGUAAGUAGGUGAUGGUGUCCUGUGACAGAGGGUGAUGGUGCUGGUAGAUCAAAAUUUAAAUCUUGGAAUGGGGUUCUGGUAUAUUGUAUAUCUUAAAUGUAUGCCUCGGUCAUACUGUAUAUAGAUCUCUCUGUUCAAUAUCACUUACCCUUCCAUUUCUUGACCAGUUGUCUGGGACAGGGAUGUUGUUUUGAUGUGCCAAUUCGUAGGAAAGUUCUCUGCAUUUGAGGCUACUGAGCCCAUGAAACUGGUCUGAGAGAUUCUUCAUAUGUUUAGCAAGCUCAGACUAGAUGUCAUCAGAUAUGACCUUGUGUGCCUCUGCUACUUUACCAAUUGCCUCUCUUUCGCACAUGUACAUGUACAUGUUCAUUUUCUUUUUUGUCAAUGUACCUUUUCAGUGUCAUUCAGUCAAUUCUUUCAUCUCUUACUGCUGCUCAAAUUAACUUAUUCCCUUCUCUCACUUCCUUGGUUGCUCUCUCAAGAACCUCAAGGGGGGCUAGACCUUUGCUUGUUUUACGUUUGUAAACAUGGGGCACUAUCUUGAGUUCAUAUGCAUGGCACAUUGCAAAAAUAUAUUAUGUAUAACACUGACAAAAUGUAAUUAUAAUUUGUAUGGGGGUAUGGUGGCCAUUGGCUCAACUUACCCCAUGGUCAUUGGCUCAACUUAACCCAAGGCAAACAUUUGGACUAUAUUAGCCCACACAGCUACAAGGAUACACUUUCAUGCUACACUACAUGACCAAAAGUAUGUGGACAACUGCUCGUCGAACAUCUCAUUCCAAAAUCCUGGGCAUUAAUGUGAAGUUUGUCCCCCCUUUGCUGCUAUAACAGCCUCCACUCUUCUGGGAAGGCUUUCCACUAGAUGUUGGAACAUUGCUGUGGGGACUUGCUGAGGUCGGGCACUGAUGUUGGGUGAUUAGGCCUGGCUCGCAGUCUGAGUUCCAAUUCAUCCCAAAGGUGUUCGGUGGGAUUGAGGUCAAGGCUAUGUGCAGGCCAGUCAAGUUCUUCCACACCAAUCUCUACAAACCAUUUCUGUAUGGACCUCGCUUUGUGCACGGGGGCAUUGUCAUGCUGAAACAGGAAAGGGCCUUCGUCCACCGGACACCCAUAUUCAUCCGUCGGACUGCCAGAUGGUGAAGCGUGAUUCAUCACUCCAGAGAACGCAUUUCCACUGCUCCAGAGUCCAGUGGCGGCGAGCUUUACACCACUCCAGCUGACGCUUGACAUUGCGCAUGGUGAUCUUAGGCUUGUGUGCGGCUGCUCGGUCAAGGAAACCUAUUUCAUGACACUCCCGACAAACAGUUAUUGUGCUAACGUUGCUUCCAGAGGCAGUUUGGAACUCAGUAGUGAGUGUUGCAACCGAAGACAGACUAUUUUUACGCGGUACGCGCUUCAGCACUCGGCGGUCCCAUUCUGUGAGCUUGUGUGGCCUACCACUUCGCGGUUGAACCGUUGUUGCUCCUAGAUGUUUCCACUUCACAAUAACAGCACUUACAGUUGACCAGGGCAGCUCUAGCAGGGCAGACAUUUGACAAACUGACUUGUUGGAAAGGUGGCAUCCUAUGACUGUGCCACGUUGAAAGUCACUGAGCUCUUCAGUAAGGCCAUUCUACCGCCAAUGUUUGUCUAUGGAGAUUGCAUGAUUGUGUGCUCGAUUUUAUACAACUGUUGGCAACGGGUGUGUCUGAAAUAGCCGAAUCCACUAAUUUGAAGGGGUGUCCACAUACUUUUGUAUAUACUGUAUAGUGUAGGUUUAGGACCUCAUAUUGUAGCUUAUAGAGACCUCAACUGAUGUACAAAACAAUCUUUAAACUAUCUACUUUGGUUUAGAUACAAGCAUCAUGACACCUAUAACACAAUAAAUUCAUUUGUACCUAACUUGCUUACCACUUUUUCCAUGUGCUUUCUUCCUUCACAGACUCCAUGAAAUGAUGACCUCGGCUCGUCCUAAAUAUUUGGUCACAUUAUUAAUUUUGUAUGGUGUUGAGUUCUGACUUGAAAUAUACUUAUUCCUGUAACUAAAUAAGGCCUUAUUGAUUAUGUUAUGUGCAAAAUGAAUGUAUAUGUUAUUGGUCACUGAGGGGUGAAGAGGGACUUUGUUCAUGGAAAGUAACUGUGAGAGAAAAGGGGAACAGUGUUUAUAACCAAAGUCUGUUCAGUAAUGUGAACAAAAGGUCACUUGUAAACAUCAUGGAGAAGUGAUCGGAUAAAGAGGAACAGCACAACAUUUAUGCAGUGUUGGGCAACAGAUAGCAGUUCUGAGAAGUUACCUCCCUAACCUCAUCUUGACAUAUAAUGCCUGUUUGAUCAUGUGCAAAGUGUGCUUGCAGCUGAAGCACCCAGUGGGUUGAAUAAACGUGGUUUGAGCUUUUUCUAGUCGUCCGUUUGAGUUU